UCCGAUUGUAUUUCACUCUCAAGAUUAACUGACUGGAAAACGAAAAUCCAGUGAUUAUGAAAACAGAAAUGGCUCUGAAAACAAACUCUUCUCUAUGCUCUGUUCCAAUUCUGUUUCUCCUCGCCCUUCUCUUAACCCUAUUCUUCUCCAUUUUCCUUCUCUUCACUUCAUCUUCCAACCCCAUUUCCUCUUCUUCUUCUUUAUCUCUCUUCAAUCCAAACAGCUCUCCUUCUUCACACCAAUCCAUCAAAGUCUACAUUGCAGACCUUCCGAGAUCCCUCAACUAUGGACUUCUGGAUCAAUAUUGGGCCAUCCAGUCCGAUUCCAGGCUCGGGAGCGAUGCAGAUCGUGAAAUUAGAUCGACCCAGAUGAAGAAACACCUCCAAUUCCCUCCAUAUCCGGAGAAUCCGUUGAUCAAGCAGUACAGUGCGGAGUAUUGGAUUUUGGGGGAUCUAAUGACGCCACAGGAGCAGAGAGAUGGAUCUUUUGCCCAGAGGGUUUUCGUAGCUGAGGAAGCCGAUGUAGUUUUUGUGCCAUUUUUCGCGACCAUGAGUGCUGAAAUGCAGUUGGGAGUGGCGAAGGGGGCGUUCAGGAAGAAGGUGGGUAAUGAGGAUUAUGAGCGUCAGAGGAAUGUGAUGGAUUUUCUUAAGAGUACUGAUGCUUGGAAGAAGUCUGGUGGGAGAGAUCAUGUUUUUGUUCUCACUGACCCAGUUGCGAUGUGGCAUGUCAAAGCCGAGAUAGCUCCAGCUGUUCUGCUUGUGGUAGAUUUUGGCGGUUGGUUUAGGCUCGACACAAAGUCCUCUAAUGGUUCCUCACCAGAUAUGAUUCAGCACACUCAAGUUUCGGUACUUAAGGAUGUGAUUGUGCCAUAUACCCAUUUACUACCUAGGCUGCACUUAUCAGCAAACAAGAAGCGUCAGACCUUACUUUAUUUCAAAGGGGCGAAACAUAGGCAUCGGGGAGGAUUAGUCAGGGAGAAACUCUGGGACUUGCUGAUUAAUGAGCCUGAUGUUAUAAUGGAAGAAGGGUUCCCAAAUGCCACAGGUAAGGAGCAAUCCAUCAAGGGUAUGAGAUCUUCAGAGUUUUGCUUGCACCCAGCUGGGGAUACCCCUACAUCGUGCCGCCUUUUUGACGCCAUCCAAAGUCUAUGUAUACCCGUUGUUGUGAGUGACAAUAUCGAGCUUCCAUUUGAAGACAUGGUGGAUUACUCAGAAUUCUCUGUUUUUGUAGCUGUAAAUGAUGCAUUGAAACCAAACUGGCUUGUGAAGCACCUUAGAACCAUUCCAGAAGAACAGAGGAAAAGAUUUCGGCUAUAUAUGGCUCGGGUUCAACCUGUUUUUGAAUACGAAAAUGGCCAUCCGGGUGGUAUUGGACCAGUUCCUCCAGAUGGUGCUGUAAAUCACAUAUGGAGAAAAGUGCGCCAAAAGUUGCCUAUGAUAAAAGAAGCCAUUUCUAGGGAGAGAAGAAAACCAAAGGGUGUGACUGUUCCUCUUCGCUGCCAUUGUACUUAAUUUCAUUCGCUGCCAUUUCAAGUUUGUAGUUUUGACGAUUGCAUUUGUUAAUUAGUUCGAAACCCAUACAUGGGGUGUUGGGGGUGUUAAAGAAUCAGUGUAACACAUCUUUAUUUAAUGAAAGUAUCCCAUUUUAUUUGUCGUUUUA